CUUGAGUUUGAUGACUAUCACGGAACAUUUCUAGAGUAUGUUUUCACAUCUUUGAUUUCAAAUAAAGCUCCAGUUCUAUAUAGUCUGGGUUUUAGCGUUAGAGAACAGUAUCAUGCUAAGGAUAUUGGGAUAUGGAUUGGAAUUGCUUUUGCACGCCAUGUGCGUAAACUGGCACUGUGGUUAUCCUUUGAGGAGCUAGAUUACCCAACAAAUUUUCCCGAUCGUUUGUGUUUAUGUAAUGAUAGUCUCGAGAUAUUGGAACUCGGGGGUUCAAUUCUUUUGGACUUUUACUAUCCGGUUUGUUUCAAGUCCCUAAGAGAGUUGCACCUUACCGAUAUAUCUUUCGAAAAUGAAGAAUCUAUUAGCAACCUUCUAUGUGGCUGUCCUAGUCUUGAAGAUUUGGUUGUGCGUCGACCAAUGCUUUCACAACGUCCCAAGACUUUCACUUUCUGGAUUGCAGUGCCAUCACUACAGAGACUAACGUUAGAAGAUGAUGUCUAUAGAGAAGGAGGUGGUGGAUACUAUGUAAUAGAUGCUCCUUAUUUGAAAUACUUGAACCUCAAAGAUUUCAAUGGGCAUGAGUUUUGUGUGAUUGAGAAUUCCCCAAAGCUGGUGGAGGCAAAAAUUUGUGACAUUGCUUAUAUAACUAACGAGAGCAUUCUGCUUUCUCUAACUUCAGUCAAACGUCUUUCCUUAUACAUCUCACCUUUAAAGGAGAUUAAGUAUCCUACUGGUAAAAUCUUCGAUCAGCUUCUAUCGUUGGAGUUGUGUACUAAUUAUGAAAAAGAGUUGCAAAAUCGACUUUCGCUCAUGCUCGAUGGUUCUCCCAAAUUACAAACCCUCAAGCUCAUCUAUUUAUGGGAGGGUACUAUAAAAGCUGAUAUGGUGGACGGGAAAUGGAAUAAACCGAAAUGUGUACCAGAAUGUUUGUUGUUCCAUCUUAAGACGUUCGUGUGGACAGGGUACCAAUGGCAACGAGAAGAUGAGAAUGAAGUGGCUACGUACAUCCUUAAGAACGCAAGACACUUGAAGAAAGCAACUCUCUCCACAAAACCCAUCAAAUCUACGAAGCUCGAGAAGUUGGAAAAGAGACGUGAGAUGCUCGACGAGUUGGCUAGUGUGGUUAGGGCUUCACAUUCAUGUCAACUCGUGUUCGAAACUGCUAAGCACCGUUGGUAUAAUUAGGAUUUCUAUUUUGGUAAAUUUGGAUUACAAUAAAUUUGUGUUUUGAAUUGUGUCAUCAUCGUCUAUUUUAAUCUCUAUCAUGCAUAUUUAUUAAUUUUA